UGUGCUUUCUAUGACAGUGCUUAUGCAGUAGGUUUGUGUCUUGCUAUCGCGGUGAAGUUCCAGUCUUAUCCAGGAUUUACAGCAAAAUGUUUGAAAGAAGGGGAAACCUGUUACAGUGAUAUUAGCUUGAAGUAUUAUGUUUAGGAGUGAUUCAAACCGUCAAACAGAGACAAGUGUUCGAUCUUCAGCAAACAUCGCUUUCGAUAAUGUUAGAUCUUAACACACAAUUUUCACAGUUAACAAAGACAGGAUUAGAAACGGAGAGGAUGUGGAAAUAAACAAAAGACAGCAGAAGGUGGUUACAAAAAGACUGCAUGAAGAAAUAGAAGAAUACUCCGAAUGGAUCCCCAUCUGAGAGAAGUCUCUGGAGUUUCGGAGUUCUGCUUCCUUGCUUUUCGUGUGGAUUAAUCAGUCGGUAUGGAUGCCGGUGUACCUACAACACCAUCAUCCGAUAAUGGACCAAGAAAAUUCUUCGUUGCAGGCGUCGAAGUGGAGUUUCCGAUUAAACCGUACAAAUGCCAGAUAUCCACAAUGAACAUGGUGAUCCGUGGUCUUCGUCACAUGACCAAUACACUGAUUGAGAGUCCAACAGGUUCAGGCAAAACGUUGUCCUUAAUAUGUUCAUCUCUUGCAUGGCAGAAAGCAGAGUUCGCCCGUCUAAAAGAAAUCUUGGAGAAGGAAGCAAUUGAGAAUGCUGCAGCACAGCCUGAGGAGACAGAACGCCAACAGAUGCAAACUGAACGGGACAGAGCCCGAAAGACAGAAGAACAGAAAGAGGAACAGAUGUUGCAACGGCGAAGGGAGAACGACCAAGGACGUGCAGUCGUGUACUAUGACGAUAGUGACGAGGACAUGGAGGAUUUUCAGAUGCGUCCAAAGAAAAUUUUCAAGAUGAUGAAAGAUACAAAGAAUUCAGCUAAUGCUCUCAGUACUUCUUCAGAUUGUAUGAAUACCCAUACAUGUGACACUGCAUAUAAUAUAGGACAAGGUCAAAAACAGAAUUCUUCCCCUUCAUCUCCAAGUUUUAAAAAUGGAAUAUGUCAGUCCCCAUACUCAACUCCACAUAAGGAAGAGUCAGCAACACAAAUGGAUGUAACAGCUGAUGUAUCAGCACCAUCAGAGACAGUGACAAAGGAUGCAAUUUGCAUUUCCAAGCAGGAUGGAUGCAUGGAGACCGAAGAAGGAACAAGUGCCAAACCCCAGUACGUAUUGACUGCCAGAGUGCCAAAAAUUUUCUAUUGCUCAAGAACACACCAACAAAUACAGCAAGUUGUGCGUGAACUCCGAAAAACAGUGUACAAAGAUGUGAAAAUGACUAUCCUGUCCAGUAGAGAGCAUACUUGUAUCCAGACACCUGGGAGUGGUCAUACAUUCAGAAGCAAGACAGAAAUGUGCUGUGCAUUGCUCGACCCUGUUGAGGGACGUGGGUGCAUGUAUAAAAAUGGUCGUAUGUCAUCACACACUGCUCUAGAAUACUACAAGAUGGAGUCUCCAUGGGACCUGGAGGAUCUAGUACAGGCAGGCCGUACAAUAAAGUCUUGUCCUUACUUUGCAUCGCGGGAUCUGAUAACUACAGCUGACAUAGUGUUCUGCCCAUAUAUAUAUCUCAUUGACCCAAAGAUUAGAAACACAAUGAAUUUACAAUUGCGAGGUGCAGUCAUCUUGCUGGAUGAGGCACACAACAUUGAGGACUGCUGCAGAGAUGCUGGAAGCUAUUCUGUCUUAUAUGAUGACAUUUUUCAGGCAAUGAAAGAUUGCAAGAGGGUUGCAGGCAUGGAAAUCUUACCUGAAAUUCAUAACCGCCUGGCAUGGUUCCUAAGUAGCCUUAUGAAAUGGAUGUCACAGACGAUACAGCUUACAGAGCAUUAUGAAACUGAAACGGAGAGGAUGGAAUCCAGCACUUUUGGUGGAGCAGAUGCCGUGGCAAGUUUUGAAGAACAUGGCAUCGACCUCGAAAGUAUAAUAGAGUUUAAGAGAUGUGCAGUGGAUGCAGUCACAGAGACAAACAGUGGAGAGAAUAUGCUGCAUACGAAGGAGUCCUUUGAACGACAUGGUGUGUUACAAGCCACAACUUUUGUUCUUGAAGGGCUGUCCCUGGUUCUUGGCUUCAUGUAUGAUAAUGACAUGGAACAUAUAUGGGACUAUUAUGUUGUAGUGUGCAAGAAUUCAGUUGUGAGCUCUACUUCCAGGAAUGAUAUGCCUAAUGAUUGGCCAAACGCAAGGGGCAGGUCGAUGUUGAUAGUAGAAGAAGAUGAUACUCCUUCAAACUGGGGGCAUUACUUAAAUUUUUUAUGCAUGAAUCCUGGUGUUGUGUUCCGGCCAAUUGCUGAUGUGGUGCGAAGCAUUGUACUAACUUCAGGCACACUCGCACCUCUGGUUACAUUCAACUCUGAGCUUGGUACUACUUUUGCCAAUGAAUUGCAGGCUCUUCAUAUCAUAGAUGAGAAUCAGUUAUGGGUAGGAGCCCUUGGUUCUGGACCAGGAGGCAGAGAGUUACAAGCUUCUUACCGUCUUACAGACAUGUCCGACUUCAGGCAGGAGCUAGGAAGCACUAUACUUCAAGUCUGUAAAGUGAUACCAUAUGGUGUCCUUUGCUUCCUUCCUUCAUAUAGGCUGUUGGAAUCCUUGAGACAGCAGUAAGUUCAUGCAGAGUUU